CACUACUAUAUAACAAAUAAUUUGAGCAUCUGUCACGUGUUAUGAAAUGACAGAUGAAGAACAUGAAGAGCCAGCGAGUCAAACACCAGAAAUCGUGCCCAGUGGCAGUACAGAGCCUCCUCGUGUUGCUUUUACUCUUCAAGGCGCUGUCGCCUCCAGCGACCACUCCCACUUCCACCACCACGUCUUCAGACACCGCACUGAGAGUCAAGAUAAACCAGUCCGGUUUAAAGACAGCAGAGCAAACGAACAAGCAGAGAAGCUGCGUGAGAAGUUGCGCGAGCGCCAGCUCAGUGGGGCUGCUCAGAAUGAUGCGCCUGAAACAAUUCUUGUUCCCUGCCACGGAACCUGCAAAUUCAAACAGGGCAGCGGAGAAGCUGGGGCAUCUGAAGACACUGAAGUUUUUGAUGAUGAUGCGGACGAGAUUCUACAGCAGCUUUUAUCAAACAUCACAUCACUUAGCGUCGGCAGUAUAUCAGGGGACAGCGCGGUUGUUUCUUGGGACGAGCUGGAUAUAGAAGGAUGUGUUUAUUCUCUAAACCUGACCACUGGGCGCAAUACAUCUGUUAUAGAGGAAGUGGAAACUCCGCACAUUUUGUCAGAUUUAGUUCCUGGUACUCAGUAUUCUGUUUGUGUAAACGCAGUUUGUGGCAGUAUAACUGGAGCAGCCAGCUCCCCACAAGAGUUCACCACCCUCUCCACCUCACCCUCUAAACCACAGCCUCCUCGACCUGGGGGUGCUACUAAAUCCUCUCUCAACGUCAAGUGGAACACUACAGCUAAUAACGGGUGUGCAAUAACCCACUACAUCCUCUACUGGGACGAAGGGGGAGGAGAGUGGAGGGAGCUGGUUAGGUGUUACGAGAGACAAUACAAAAUAACAGGACUCAAGCCGGGGACUGAGUACAAUUUCUCUGUGUCUGCUGUUAACGAGAUGGGGGAGAGUGAGAGGAGUGAGACAGGAACUUGUCGUACUGGAUUUGGAGUUCCCAAUCCUCCUACCUGUAUCUACCUGGGACAAGCUUCAGAGACUUCUCUAACUAUUUGCUGGAGUCCUCCUAAUGAUAACGGAGGAGCGGAAGUGACAGGGUACAACGUGGAACAAGAAACAGAGUACGGUUUUAUCAGUGUUUAUGACGGAGAAUUACAAGAAUGCCACAUUCCCAACCUCACUAGAUCCACCAGAUACAAGUUCAGGGUUUACUCAGGUAAUGUAGCGGGAGAAAGUAAGCCGAGUGCUGUGGUAAUGUUCACAACUAGGGCUGGACUUCCUAACCCUCCAGUUAGGGUCAGGGUUGAGGGCAAGGAGAGGAGUGACAGUGCUAUUAUCGCUUGGGAACCCCCAGUACUAGAAGGAGAACAGCAGAUUCUACGCUACAAUUUGAAGUUAAACACUGUAACUGGAUCCGAUAGCACAGCUAACAGAGCUAAUGGUGAUGUACUGGAGUUCCACACUACUGACGAUACUAAGAUACUCAUAAAUUCUCUUCUUCCUGGUACACUUUACAGGAUCCUAGUGACAGUGGUAACUGCAGGAGGUGAAGGACCCCCCUCUAACCCCUUCAACUUUAAAACCAGACCAGUGAGUCCCAGUGCUCCCGCUCCUCCUACUCUCAGAACAAAACCAAGUCCUUACUCUCUCAACCUACUCUGGGGACCCCCAAGUUACACUGGAGGAAGUGUUAUAACGCGUUACACCCUAGAGAUUUUCAGAGAUGACUGGUUACAACUCUACACUGGAACUGAGACUUCUUUCCUCGUUACAGAACUGACACCUGGAAAGAGUUACAGAUUCAGACUAAGAUGUCACAACUGUGCUGGAGCCAGUCUCUACUCUAACACCGUUAACUUUGUGACAGCCCCCGCUCCACCUCUAGCUCCACAACCUCCUGUUAUCACUAGCAAGGGGCCUUAUGCUGCAAUUAUAGCUUGGCCGGAGACGUCUACAAAUGGAGCACCAAUAACUUCAUACUCAGUCGAUAUGUGUCUUCUCGGUGACACCUUUGCUGAGGUGUACAAUGAUAAAGAAACGGAAUGUGUAGUCAGGAACCUGAACCCAGGUUCUACAUACUACUGUAUAGUUAAAGCAAAUAGUGUAGUAGGACAGAGUGUUCCUAGCGAGGUUGCUGUUUAUCACUCUCCGCCUGCCCCUCCUGAGCCUCCUACUAAAAUACACCUGGUUGAGAGCAGUGACAGUUCACUGAAGAUAAGCUGGGAUCCUCCAUCCAGUCCUGGUGCUGAUAUUCUCCACUACAACGUGUGUUUUAACAACGGACCAGCUAGUAAAUGUGUGGAAAAUGAGUUUUAUAUAGAAAGUUUGAACAGUGAGACUCAGUAUAAAGUAAGAGUUCAGGCUGUUAACUCAGUGGGAUCCGGCCAAUUCAGCUCUGCUAAAGUAGUGGUCACAGGAACUCCUCUUCCCCCAGCCCUGACCGGUCCAAUACUUCUCUCAUCACGUGGUCACAACUUCCUGAAAGUCGGCUGGACUAGUGUGCGCUCUGUCAAGUCUUAUCUACUGGAACGAGCAAGUGCUGAGUCUGAUGACUUUAUAUCGGUAUACGAAGGGAACAAGCCCCAAGUAAAGAUAAGCAAACUAUCUGCCAACACAGACUACAAAAUACGUGUAUGUGGGGUGAACAAUGCUGGUACUGGACCCUGGUUACUGGCUACCUUCUCUACUGACUCCAUCCCUCCUCCUCCUAUUACUAAGGUGUACAAGUCGAUAAAAGAGAACCAACUGACCAUUUCCUGGCAAGUGAAGGAUAAACUACAAGAAGAGGAGCUGUUCCAAAUCUUACACUCCACUGAUGGUGAUAUUUUCACUCCGAUAUACGAAGGACUAGAUCGUAAUUUCACGACCUCGAUUCUCCCCGAAACUACCUACUCUUUUAAAGUGAGAGUAAAACGAGACUCCACCGGUCCACCAGAGUACGGACCCUUCUCCCAGACUCUCCUCGUCAAACUGAAACCACCUCCUCUAGAGAGGAAAGAAAGUGAAAGAGAAACCAAAUUAGUUGAAAAAGAAAUUGAAAGUGGUGGCACGUUUGAGGACUCGCACGUGGUGGUCUUCAUUUUGCUGGCCAUGUGUCUGCCAGCUGUGCUGACGGUGGUUUACUUUAUUUAUUUUUAGUAACACUGUCACGUGAUAGGUUUAUUGUUAAUUAUUCAUGUUAUUCAUUUAGAUUGUGUUUUGUGAACAUUAUGUACGGGAAAUAGACACGUGAUAUGACGUCACACCACGUGUCAUGACGUCAUUUGUUAUUUAUU